GGGUGAUAGUGCAGAUUUAUACAUUAAAAAUAAUAAAGAAUCUCGUCUUUUUUACAAUUAUCUCUUUAAAUGUGGCAAAAUGUGAACAUUUGCUAAUAUUAAUUACAAUAGGUAAAGUGCGCUAGAAUUAUAAAGGAAAGCUAUACAAUAAAUAUCACGGAAAUAUUAAAACAUGAAAUAUAUACCACAACGAUAUGUUUUGGGAUUUAUGGGAUUUCUCGCAUCUGUAAUAGCAUACACACUAAGAGUGUGCCUUAAUAUUGCCAUAACAAAGAUGGUUGUAUAUAAAGAAAGUGCACAUUUUGAUCCAGAUGCUUGUCCGACUGAAGCUUCUCAUAAUCAAAUAUUAAGUGACGAAGUCACAAAAAAUUUAUAUCAUUGGGAUGAAACGACAAAAGGUUUAAUCCUUAGCUCUUUCUUUUGGGGAUAUGCAGUAACCCAUAUUCCAGGAGGUUUGUUGGCACACAAAUUUGGAGGAAAACAUUCUCUCGGACUAAGUAUACUCUGUGCGUCUAUUUUUACACUGAUGACACCAUGGGUUAUUAUAACCACCAAUGGAAACUGGUUAAUAUUGGUAGUCUGGAGAAUUAUAAUAGGACUAGCACAGGGUGUAAUGCAUCCAGCCCUUAACAAUUUAUUGUCAAAAUGGAUUCCGCUAUCAGAACGAGCUAAAAUUGGUACUUUAGUUUAUGCUGGAGGACAAAUUGGAACAAUAAUAAGCAAUCUUAUAAGUGGGACAUUAAUUAAUGCUACAGGAACUUGGACAUCUGUUUUUUACGUAUUUGGAGGAGCGGGGAUUAUAUGGUAUAUAUUUUGGCAGAUAUUCUGCUAUUCGGAUCCAGUUAGUCAUCCGUUUAUUACAACACAGGAAUUUAGAUACCUAAGAUAUACAUUGGAAUCUAUAUCAAUGGAAUCACAUAGUAUACCAUGGAGAUCUAUUUUAACCUCAGUACCAGUAUGGGCGCUGGUAAUUGCUCAAGUUGGCCACGACUGGGGCUUUUAUACUAUGAUAACAGAUCUACCAUCCUACAUGAGCGACGUGUUAAAGUUUAAUGUGAAAGACAACGGAAUUUGGAAUUCAAUACCAUAUCUUUUUAUGUGGUUAUGUUCUAUGGGUUCGGGAUGGAUUUGCGAUUGGUUAAUUUCCUCGACACGCAUGACGGUGACACAGGCUCGUAAAUUUUUUACCACAAUAGCUUCUCUGGGACCAGGAAUAUUUAUCAUGGCAGCUUCUUAUUCCGGUUGUCACCGAUAUUUUACUGUUGCCAUGUUUACAAUGGCUAUGGGAUUUUUAGGACCAUUCUAUUGUGGUAAAAAAGUGAACGCUCUAGAUUUAGCUCCGAAUUUUGCAGGGGUACUGAUGGCUUUGGUUAAUGGAAUUGGUGCAAUUACUGGAAUAAUCGCGCCCUAUUUAGCAGGAACCUUAACUGAAAAUCACACGCUGAAAGAAUGGAGAACAGUUUUUUGGAUUACAUUCUUUAUAUUUUUAAUCACAAAUAUAAUAUUUUGCAUAUAUGGUAGUGGCGAAGAACAAGUUUGGAAUAAUGUUGAUAACAAAAAAGUUAAAGAAACACAUUUGUCUGUAGAAGAUACAGCUUUUUUUAAUUCUAAAAGAGAAGAAAAAAAUAUCAAUGUAUAA